AUGCUCACACGCCCCUCAAUGCCUGCUGAGAACCCAUUGAUGACGAACAAGAAAAAAAAGGCCUGGUCGGAGGAGGCUCACUUGGCGAUGAUGGCCAAGGCAAAGAUCGACAAGUCCAUACUCAGCAUCACGUCGCCGGGCACGCACCUCGUCCCCGGGGACGUGCAGCUGGGGCGAAACCUCACGAGGCGGUGCAACGAGUUCGCCGCGGACCUCAAGAGGAGACGCCCCGACAAGUUUGGGUUCUGGGCCUCGCUUCCCCUCCCGGACGUCGAGGGGAGCCUGCGGGAGAUUGAGUACGCGCUCGACGUUCUAAACGCGGACGGCGUGGUGGUCCUGACCAACGCUCACGGGGUGUACCUGGGCGACCCCGUCCUCGAGCCCGUCUUCAAGGCCCUCAACGAGCGGAGAGCCGUCGUCUUCGUGCACCCGACGAGCCCGUGCGUCGGCAACGGCACGAGCAGCACGCGUCCCGCGGCGCCGGCGCUGCCGCAGUAUCCCAACCCCAUGUUCGAGUUCCUCUUCGACACCGCGCGGGCCGUCGUCAACCUCUUUAUCUCGGGGACCAUGCAGCGGAUCCCGGACGUCACCUUCAUCCUAUCCCACGCGGGCGGCGCGCUCACGCCGCUGGUCGCGCGCUUCGUAGCCUUUGCGGGCGUCGUCGUCCCCGGGUCCUCCCCUUUGCCGCUCGAGUCCGUCAAGGAGACGCUGCGGUCGCAGUUUUACUUUGACCUGGCGGGGUUUGCGUUCCCGGACCAGAUCCACGGCUUGCUGCCGUACGUGAACGCCAGUCGCUUGACGUACGGGAGCGACUACCCGUACACGGCGGAGGGUAUCGUGCUGGAUCUCGUUGGGGUGAUGGACGAGGAGGUGCCCAAGGUGUUUCGAGGCUGUGCGGCGCGGAGGGCUAUAUACUGGGAAAACGCGUGGGGGAUCCUGCGGCGGCGUGCGGCUGGGGGGACGAGCUGAUGAGCUUUCGCUGGAGUAGCUUGAUGGUCAUUACAGUAUUGUGGUUGGUGUACUUGUGAGUAAAAGAUGCCAUCAGCUUUGAAUGGUGGGUAUGUGUUUGCGCAACCACUUUUGCAAUUUCUCAGUAUUCUCAAUUCGGAGUAAAGGUAAU